GGGCAGGUCACAUGGUCUCCUCAGAGGCAGAGACCUGUGGUUUAACGUUACUGUGAAAUGGGAGAAAGAAGAAGAGGAGGAGGAAGGAGAGCGAACAAGGUAAGCAGCGGCUUGCAAACUCACUUUACAUCCUCGAAACUGUCCUUUAAAGCUGUGUUUGUAGAGACUGACCGGUUAGAAGUUGUUUUUUAGGAGAGAAGUGAACUCUAAACGGGAUAAAGUCAGCCGUAAACACAGACUGGAUUCGCUUUAAGGCGCAUUUGAGGGAAAGUUCACCGCGACUUCAGGUUAAACGUGUAAAAACAGCGACUCAGACCGACAUAUUUCUGAACACACGGACAUUUUCACUCUUUAAAACGGACAUAAAUCACUUUUACAAGUUAAAACAGAGUCUUAUUGGAGUGUUUAGUUGACUUUUCUCCUGACCGAGCCCUCUGGCAGAGCUCCAGCUGCAGGUUUGUGGAAACGUUAUUAUGUUCGGCCUCCUUCACUGCACAUUAUCACAGAGAGCAGAGGACUGCACACAAAUACACACAAAUACAGGACUGUUAUUGUGUUUAAAGCAGAGCUAAGAGACUCUUUUAUUAAAUCAAUAUACUGCAGGGUAUGUGUGUGACUCCAGGUUAGGAUUUUAUGGACAUACAGCUGCAGGGAAAAGAGGUCCGUUAGGAAACUUAAAGCGCCUGUAAGGAGUUUUUUGACCUCCAUAAAAAACACGAAAACUAACAUAAAUGUGUCCCUAUGGCAUGAAAAUGCAAACAAGACUAUAAGGAACAAGAUUGAGGGCUUUUAUUGUGAAAUUUUUAAUAUCUAUCACUAGAGCAAGGGGGUAGGUGUUAACUUCAAGUGAUGGACCUUGGUUUACAUUGUGUAUCAUGCAUGUCCACACAAUAGUACUGCAUAAAAAUGUGCAAUAUACACAUUGCAAAAGCGCCUACAAAUUAAUGAUUUAAAGGGAUAUUACAGUGUAAAAUUAAUUUAGGGUCAAACACACCCUAACACCAGAUUAGACACCCCCUCGAGAGGUGAAUGUUGCCGACCGCUUGCUGCUCUAGUUACCAACUCAAGCCAUAAACAAACCUCACCAAAAACGCCACUCUAUAGCCACAAAUAAUGCUCAGAACAGCACCUAACUUCAUCAACAGUACAUAUAGGGUCCCAGCCAUAGCAUUAGCCACCAAACAUCUUUUUAACUUUGCCUAAUUUCUUUGGCAAAGAGACUAAACACAACUCACCUACACUCUUCCAGCAGCCGCUUGUUUGUAGCGAGACCUCAGGCCAGUCCAUUAUAAUAAUAAAAAUGAUGCAUCAGAUUUCAUAGAGCCCUUUAUCAGAGAUCUUCAAAGCACUUUACAUUGGAUACAUCAUUCAUUUGCUAACACUGUGACACUAUGGUGGUGUUAAACUACUUUAGUAGUCACAGCUGCCCUGGGGCAGACUGACGGAAACGUGGCUGCCAUUUUGCGCCUACAGCCUCUCCAACCACCACCAUACAACAUUGACAAUCAUACACCAGUGAAGGACACACACUGGGAACAAGGUGGGUUAAUUGUCUUGCCCAAGACCACAACAGACAGACUCAAGAUGGGAGGGAAUCAAACCGCCGACCUUCCAGUUAUUGGACGACCGCUCUAAUUCCUGAGCUACUGCCGCCCCAUGGACUACAGCAGGGUGACACAGCUCAAGGAAGAACAUUUAUGAUCAUUUCUUCAUGGAAAUACAAUCAGACGAGAUGCUAAGGCAGAAGAACUACCGCGUCUGCAGUACAAAAUGAUUAAUAUGGUGAUUAUUACUUCAAGGAAAUGAUAAAGAAAUGACCAUAAAUGUUCUUCCUUGAGCUGCGUCACCCCGCUGUAGUCCGUAAUGGACUGGCCCGAGGUCUCACUACAAACAAGCGGCUGCUGGAAGAGAGUAGGUGAGUUGUGUUUAGUCUCUUUGCUAAAGAAAUUAGUCAAAUUUAAAAAGAUGUUUGGUGGCUAGUGCUAUGGCUGGGACCCUGUAAGUAAUGUUGAUGAAGUUAGGUGCUGUUCUGAACAUUAUUUGUGGCUAUAGAGUGGCGUUUUUGUUGAGGUUUGUUUAGACCACUGUGUAUUGCUAUUGUGUGGUCGUUACUAAAGUUGGUAUAACUAGAGCAGCAAGCGGUCGUCAACAUUCAUCUCUGGAGGGGGUGUCUAACUCUGUGUUAUAGUGUGUUUGACCCUGAAUUAAUUUCACACCGUAAUAUCCCUUUUAAAAGUAAACAAGCUUUGUUGUAUGUGUUGGAUGGAGGCCUGGGUUAGCUUACUCAGCUGUCAGGGGCUCGUUGUGACUUCAGUGGAGAAAAAAAAGUUGAUUAUUGGGUUCAUUAUCGAUUUUUAAGGGACAUGCUGCAAACACAGGUACUUUGCAAACCAUUAAGAAUAGCAAGCAGACAUAAAAACUGUGAGUAGCAGCUGCUGAAUCUUGAAUAUUUAUGUUUUUACCCUAUUUAAUAUCAUAUUUCACAGGUUUCGGAGUAGAUCAUGCAGCACACAAGCGCAGAUACACACUGUCUUAUGUUAUUCCACUGUGCGACAUUUACUGCAGUAUCAUGCAUAAAGUAGACAAAAUGAUGUGUUUGCAACAAAGGGGGAAAAGAUAACAACUUUGCAAACAUGGAGACAAUCUUCAACAUGAAUGAGUUUCUUCUGCUUCAAAUGUGAACAAACUUUGAUUUGUUUGCACAGAUCUUAAAACGUCAACACCUACAGCAGCCCCGGUUUCCACGCUCUCUUUGCCAUGUUUAUACUGAAUAUUCUGAUUUUGUAUCCUGAUGGAUUUUAACCACAUUUGUUCCCAUUAGCUGCAGAUCCAGGUCAGUCCCCCACCUCCCUCAUCUCCUCUCAGGUGUGUUUGUUUGUGUUCACAGGUGAAUCCUCGGCUUGCUCUGCGUUCAAACCAGGUUUGCAUUCUGACCUGCGAGCCAAUGUAAGUGGUGUUGAGUGACUGCGUGUGAAAGGUAUUGAAGCACAGUUUCUUUUUGUUUUUUACCUCUUAAGAUCAAACAGUCGGGCUUUUUAAGGGCUGGUUGGCGUCAGGAUUGUAUUUUUGUGCUUUAAUAAAAAAAAAAAAAAUCAGCCUGUGAAAGGAAAAAAAAAACAGGAGAAGAGGGAAUUUAUGCCUCUGGUUUGUUUGGUCGCGGCACAAAAAUGCAUUCCUGACUCGGCUUGCAUGGAGGAUAACAUCUGCACUCAUGAGGCUGUUUCUGUGGGGACCUCAGGUUGGCUUUGCUCUCAGGUGUGGAGUCUGCAUGAAUGAGAUGACGACCUCUUCUUCUUCUACUCUCUCUUUCUAAACUCCAUCCUGUUUUCGAUAGACAUGGUCAUAGAUCGGUGGUGGCUUCAAAUCAGAAACAUGAUUGGCUUAAAUUUGAUCAUCAGCUCUUCAUUUUUGUGGUCUGCUGAAAUACACCAAUGUUUUUACUGUGCACAUAGACUGUAUAUAUAAUACACGCCGUCUGCCUCCUCGCUGGGUGAAACCACUACGAGAACAGCACCCUCUGGUGACGGGCUGCAGUAUAGGUCAUAAAUCCCGCCUCCUCCAGCAAUCCCCAUGGAGCUGUGGACAAACUUUAGAAAUGUAUUAGAACAUAAAUUUUUCUCCCCCUUGCUUGCGAUGUUGACAUGUAGUUACUGUCAGACUGGUUUGUGCGCAUGUCCUCUUUUUUCUGUACAGCUCCAUUUUUAAAAGUUAUGAGAGGGUUCAUGUUUUAUAUGAUUGACACUUGAUACAGCCUAGGCGGUGUUUCCCCUAGAAUUUUUUUCAGCAACGGCGGUGUUUGUGUGUGUGUGUGUGUGUGUUUGUGUUUGUGUUUGUGUGUGUGUGUGUGUGUGUGUGUGUGUGUGUGUGUGUGUGUGUGUAUUAAGGGGUUGGGGGGCGUUGUUACCCACCACUCUCUAGCUGCUCCAGGAGCUACGCCGUUACAUUCAUGUUACGUUACCCGCGCUACUCGCUAUACAGACCGUGUAUAAGUUUAAAUGUUACCCUUCACAUUAGUGAAAGAGGGUCAGACAGGAUUUGAUGCACUCGUUGAUGACUCAAAACAAAUCGAAAAUAACAUCAUGUGUUGUUGUGCUCACACAGUGCGAGUAGAAAUCAGUAGUGCCACAUUGAUAAUAAUGCUACUAAUGCUAUUAAUGUUACUCGCUACAUAAACCAUGUAUAAGCUUUAACGUUACCUUUCACGUUGAUGGAAGAGGGUCCGGCGGGAUUUGAUGCACUCCGUGAUGACUCAUAACUAGGGCUGCAGCUAUCGAUUAUUUUAGUAAUCGAGUACUCUAUCGAUUAAUCUGUCGAUUAAUCGAGUAAUCGGAUAAGAAAUGUUUUGCUCUCACUGUAAUACUUUGCAUUGAAUCACGUUUGCCUCAUUAAAAACCAUCAGUAACACACAAAACUGAAAUAGGCCAGGUCUUUCAAAUGAAUAUUUUUACUGCAUAAAUCAGGAACCAAAAGUUUUACAUUUUACCAUGUAGUUCACAUGAAACUACUGAAGGCAAGGUCUGCAGAUGGUCUUUUAAUUGCUAUGGUAAUGAUCUUUGCAGUUUUCACUAAACCAGUCACAACUAUUUCCAGGCUUUGGAUCUAAUUUUACUUGUUUAAUUAAUAGGCUGAAAUAAUAUAAUUCUUGGAUACUAACAUAAUUUGACAAGCAAAUGUACAUUUAUUCAAUAUAUAAAAGUGUUACAUUUUUAUUUACAUGUUGUUGUGUGUUGGUCAUUUUGCAGCCCUCUGCUGCUCAUCACACGCCUAGCAGGUGGUGUAUAGCAUUAUCACCAUGGAUACACGGAUGUUUGUGUGAUUUUUUUCAUCCACUGCCGCCCGGUUUGUGUCGUGUAGAUGUUGAUUAUGAAAACACUUCGCAAUAAUUUGGAAACGUGAAGGGGGAGCUGCUGCUGCCCGGUGUUUACGGUAAAUAGACGCAAACACCGACCAAGUGGACGCUUCGGUCUCCGAAAACGCCGAGACAAAUUUACAAACAGCCACUAUUUCAAACAACUGGGCUCAUAAUCGUGAUGUAAACACUUACUUUCUCGCUAGAAAAAAUAUUAUUAUUGAAUGAAUUUAUAUAAUUUGUCCGGUAUGCAGUCGUUCUAUGUAGCUUGUGGUAGGACUAUUUAAAUUUUCCCGGCGCUGCGUCCGGCCGGCACGAAAUGCAUUCUGGGGUAUUUAGUAUGUAUGUGUGUAAACGCUCGGGCAGCCGCGGCAUACUCAAAUCAUCUUUGAUUAGUCAGUAGGCAGUAGCUACUGCUUGAGUAGGUAAGUAGAUAGCAGGCAGUAUGCCAUUUCGGACACAGCUUCUGUCUGUCCUCGUUUCCCUCCAUGAUUGAACCAAACGCGCGGCAGCGGAAGGAGCGGAAAGAGCACGCUUCUGCGCAACAGAAAUAACCGUCCGUGUCAAACACCGUGCGCUGCACAUGGUUCCGGAUUUAAACGAUUCCUCGAGGCAAAUUAUAUGCCUCGAGGAAUCGUUUUUAUUAAUCGAGUUACUCGAGUUACUCGAGUAAUCGUUUCAGCCCUACUCAUAACAAGUCGGAAAUAACAUUUUGUGUUGUUGUGCUCACACAGUGCGAGUAGAAUCAUUAGUGGCGCAUUGGUAUUCAUGAUCAUGUGAAAUUUCAGUAGUGGCGCACGUAAUUUAGCAGCGCCGCUGCUGAAUGAAUGCAGGGGAAACACUGCUAUGGGUGUACAAAGAUUGCAUAGCUCACCCGGGGGGAUACACUGUUUGAGCCAAGCGACUCUAAGUGACUCUCCCGCCAAAUGCGCAAGUGGUGGAGUGCGUACAACACUUCUGCGCAGUGUUGGUCUCAAGAAGUGGAGAAAAAAAUGCAGAAUUACUGAGAGCUUUUUGGCUUCAUAUCCGUAUACUGGUGGAAGGCGAAACAAAGUUGUCCAUAGUAUAUACAGUCAAUGACUUUGCAGCUUUAACAAAGCAACAGUAUGAAUCCAAACGUGUCAAAGUCGGAUUAAAAACAGAGAAAACAAUCAAAUUCUCAUAUUUUUCAAUCAAUUGAUUGAUCAAUAAUUCACAGAUCACCUCUACGUGGUGACAUCAUUCAGAGGGUUUACAUGUGUGUCUCUGUGCUCUCAGGGAACAUCACCAUCCUCAUGUCCUAUGGAGGAGGCUUUAACGGACGCACUGAGCGUGUCCGCCAGGCGCCGCACUAUGACCAGGUACCUCAGGGCUCCUUACCCCGAGCAGACGUCUACAAUCUACAGCCGCUGAGGGAGCACAGAGACGCCCCCUACGCCCACAGCGCCGACCCUCUACCUCCCCCGCCUCUGCCCGACCAGCCUCCUGUGGGACCCGAGUUUGACCCCAGCGGUAGUGAGUCCAACGCUGACCAGGACCCCGAACUCGACCCCGCCCUCGACAUCAAACCGGUGCACCGCUUUAUCCCAGACUCAUGGAAGAACUUCUUCAGGGGGAGUAACCGCAGCAGCAACAAGCCCUGGCCCAUGUCGGGCUCCUCGUUCAACAACAACAACAGCACCACCACCGAGGGGGUCCGCUGCUCCCCCCCGCAUUCCCCCUCUGUCCCUGGGUCAUACCGGGAUCCUUAUGGCGGGUCAGGCGGCAGCUACAACUCGCACAAAGAGCUUCUGGAGCCACAAGACACUCAUGAGUCCAUAUCAGGGCGAACCUACCGCACGGGUCUGACCUACAGCGAGCGGGUGGAGGAGUACCAUCAGCGCUACGCCUACAUGAAGUCUUGGGCCGGGCUGCUGAGGAUUCUGGGCUGCGUGGAGCUCCUUCUGGGGGCUGCCGUGUUCGCCUGCGUCUGCGCUUACAUCCACAAAGACAACGAGUGGUUCAACAUGUUCGGGUACUCGAGUCCAGGGGGGGCGUACGGAGGAGGGUUCUACGGCGCAGGAACAGGCGGGACGUACUACACCGGUCCGAAGACCCCGUUUGUUCUGGUGGUGGCGGGUCUGGCCUGGUUGGUGACUGUGAUCGUGUUGGUACUGGGGAUGACCAUGUACUACCGGACCAUCCUGCUGGACUCCAACUGGUGGCCGCUGACAGAGUUCGUGAUCAACCUGGCUUUGGCUGUGCUCUACAUGGCAGCAGGUAGGAAACACAGGAAAUUCAAACCUACAACUGUGGCCUAGCUUUUAGACCGGCGCCCCCUGCAGUUUCUAAUUGGACCUGCAUCCAUUGUUGCUAAAACACUUAUCCCUCGGUUUCUACUAUGUCUGAUUUGAGGACAUUUGUCGUUUUUUUUUUACUUUAUUUUCGUCUGACAGUCAUUUUUAAAGAUUGGGGCAUCAAAUUUGGUGAGAGUCCUUAUUUUUCUUCAUUUAAAAAAAACCCAACUCUGUAUCACCUGUAGUUCUCCGCUGCCGCUUUUUAGUUCCAUCCACCCUCCUUUGUCCGCAAAUUGGCCAAUAGACUCCCAUUAAAAACAAGUCUUUUGACCGUGUGUUUAUGACACCAUAACAACCUAUUGCAACCUUCUUUUUGCAGUCAAUAAAUGAACAAAUGAAUUCGAUCGCAUUUAAUUUGGUAGAGAACGAGACUUGAGAAAAGGAAGUGAAAACGUUUUUCCGCUCCAACAGACUCAGCUAUUUAGAAUGCACACUUAAUGAAUAAAUAUGACAUGGCGCACAAAAACUGGCAUAAAAAGGGUAAUACAUAGAAUUUUCUAUUCAUUGUUUUUUUAAUGAUCGGGGCUGAAGUUGUUUAAGAGAUCUGAGUCAAAAAAAAGUAAGAAAAAAAAAAGUUUAAAAAUGAUCAUUUUUUUGAACACUUAUCUGCAUGUCCGUUUUGGGGACAAAGUAGGCUGAAUGGAGCUCCAAGUAUGAAAAAUUGGCACAACAAAAAGAAUUUAGAUGCACCGAAAUCGGUCAAACUUCUCAUCAUUGACAUGGCCCAGAAUCUUUUUAUUUAAAAAAAAAAACAUCUCGGUAAUUUUGUAUGGGAAAUAUGGCGAUUUUGUGUAUCUUACCAUUAUAAAUAGCAGUGACAUGGCCCACAAAAACUGGCAUAAAAAGGGUGUCACAUCAAAUUUUGUAUUUAUUAUUUUUUUAAUGGUCAGUGCUGAAGUUGUCUAAGAGAUUUGAGUCGAAAAAAGUAAAAAAAAAAUUGUCAAAAAAUGAUUCUUUUAUGAGUACUUAAAUGCAUGUCCAUUUUGGGGACAAAGUAGGCUGGAUGGAGCUUAAAAUUAACAGGAACCAAGGGUUAAAACCCUUUAACCUCACUCUAAAAACAGUGAAAUGUCCCUUUGACACAUUUUAAGUCAGACAGGAACAGAAAUGAAGCUGACAAAUCAGGUCGAUCAUUGACCCGCCAGAACUUAACCCCCUUUUUGUUCACCAGGCAUCGUUUAUGUCCGGGACACCACCCGUGGAGGACUCUGCUCCUACCCGGUCUUCAACAACGGCAUCAACGGUGCCUUCUGCAGAACAGAGGCAGGCCAGACCGCCGCCAUCAUCUUCCUUUUCGUCACCCUGGUGGUGUAUCUGAUUGGCGCCCUUGUGUGUCUGAAGCUGUGGAGGCACGAGGCCACCCGCAGAUACCGGGAGAGGUACGGCCAGGAGGUGAGUAUCUGUUCCUGUUUGUGUUUGAAGGGCGGGGUCUUGAGACUCCUCCACAUCAGUCAGGGAUUUAAAGGAUCAUAAAGGAUCAGGAACAUCAUGUAACAAAAACAGGCUGUUACAGCAAACAUGUCUGACUGUAGUGCAACAAAAACCACAGAAUUUGCACAGAGGUUUACAGGAGUCCGAGUCCUCCCUCCCUGUCUGCUGCUCAGAAAUCAGUCCAGUAGAGGAUUUGUUGACCUCUGUGUUAUAAAUGAUCCAACUCUUAUCUCACAUUGACUCUAAGACAGUUCUUCAUUUAAUCUCUGUCUGUGUUUGGCUUUAUUGAGUAUCUGUCCAGACUCACAGACAGAUGAAAAUCCUCAUCACAUGACCAUCCCAGUGCAGCAGACAGGUGUGUGCGUGUGUAAUCAGCUGAUUUAUAACAUGACGCUCCCUGUUAGACUGAUAACGCUGCAGGAAACCUUUGAAUAUCAGCUGGACUCCAAUGCACAGAGACUGCAGCAGCUUUUUAAAACAGAGAGAGCAGCUGAAUAAACAGAGUCAGAAGUUGUGCAACAAAUAGAGAGUUUAAUUCUGGGAGUAGAGGAGUAGAACCAGACUGUUCAUGUGCAAAAGCAUCUGUGCAUUGCUGAUGCUGAGUAGUGGAGGGUGUUUAAGAUGCUGGUUCAGAGCUGCUGUGGCUCUGUGGAAAGAAAUAGAUCUGCACCUUUAGCCCGACAGAAGUUAUUCACAUGGAUGUUGACAGAUGAGUGGGGUACUUUCUGAUGCUGACAGCCUUCCUAAGGCAGCGUGAAAGCUGGAGGCAUGUCUAAAAUUCUCUUAAAACAGCAUAAAAUGUCUUAAAUACGAAUUUGAAAGGUCUUAAAAUGAUGGUGUUACUUAUAUUUAAAGAUGGAUUUGAAAUUAGUUGAAAAUGUUCAGAUUUCUCUUUAUGUCUUAAGUAUUUUUUUGCCAGUAUGGAUGUAAAAUUGAUCUUAAAUUGUUAUCAUUAUGAUCUUAAAAAAGCCUUGAAAAGUCCUAAGUUUGACUAGUUAAAACCUGCAGGAACCCUGUGCAGAGUGGAGCUGCUGCAGAGUCUCUCAGUUGGCUGUAGUUUAGAAAACUUGAGGGGAGUUUGCGGAAACUUGUACACCUAAUAAUCGUUGUGUUUUGGUUUGCAUGCAGCUUAAAGAUCACUUCAUGGCACUUUUAUCAUGUUUUUAUUCGUGUAAAUAAUCAUCAAAGUGUAAAGAAAACACAUUUUGAACGGUAAGAACACGAUAAAUAAAAGAGGUGGUAGUUUCUUGUUGAAAUAAAGAAACUUUUAAGAAGAACUUACAACAUCAACUCUCCACUUUCUCCAUUCUGAAAACUGUUUUUCUUGUAACAGUAUAAUCCUCAUUAUUAUUCUCCUGACGUUGAUGAGUUUUACAUUCACAUGCUCUUUUUUGCACAGAUGGUUCCCUCUGAGAUGAGAGCUGCGAGAUCGUUGGUGAGCAUCCUGCAGUAAAAAGACGAUAAACUCUCUCGCUGUGCUUUAACUUUGUCUGAACUGAAAGUUCAUUUUCUACACGGUUGAUUUUCUUCAGAUGGUUCCAGUUUCUGAUCCAAGACCCAGAGCUCCAGAGCAGGCUCAGGGUUCCUCUGUGGUCCCCAUCCAGGCCUCCGCUCCUAAAGCGGUCCCACCCAAAGUUCUCCAGGGAACGAUCCCAUCAGGACACAUUCCUAAACCUGUCAUCCUACCUGAUUACAUCACGUAAGACCCGCCUAAAAAACACCUAAGGUUCAAAUUCUGAAUUUAUGAGCGUUUUGAAGUUCUUCCUCUUUAAAUCCUCGUGCAGUAAGUACCCGACAAUCCGAUCCCCGGAGGAGCGGGAUCAGUACCGAGCUGUGUUCAACGACCAGUACGCAGAGUACAAAGAGAUCCACGCAGACGUGCAGGCGGCGGUUAAGAAGUUUGAGGAGAUGGACGCCAUGAUGCGAAGUCUGCCUCAGCAUCCGUCCAGUCAGAUGGUGAUUUAUCUUUCUGAGUUUUAGUUUACUGAUCUUCAGAAGACUCCAGGACCCUCGUUUUGUUUAAACAUUUAGGUUCAUGAUGAAACUUUGACUUUAACGAAGACAGAGUUCUGUGAUGUGGGUGUGCGUCUGUUAGUCUCAGCAGGUCAAACAUGAACGAGAGACCGAUCAGAACCUGAAUAUCACUCAGUCCGUCUGUUGUUCUCCUCAUGUUGUCACUUCCUCUGUUUGUAUUUCCAGUUCCUGCUGAAUUUCCCCUCCACCCUCAAAUUCCUCCUCCGCUAUGUCACAGAGCGCUUCACUCUCACUGCUUCAUUUCACAGAGUUUGCAUGUUUUAACUGCUGCACUGAAUUCUCCUCAUCCUCUGUCUGUUUUUUUCACAGGAGGUCGAUCGCAUUAACAGAAUCCUUCAGGAAUACCAGAGAAAAAAAAAUGUGAGUUAACCAUUUUCUAGAGCUGAAGAUGAAGAAGCAUGUUUCUGUGAUUUAAAGAGUCGAGUUAUAAUCAAGAAUGGUGUAAAAAAUUCCAAAAAUAAAACUUCAUGUCUCCUCUUCUCUCCUCCAGGACCCAACCUUCGUGGAGAAAAAAGAGCGGUGUGAAUAUCUGAAGAACAAACUGUCGCACAUCAAGCAGAAGAUCCAGGAGUACGACAAAGUGAUGGAGUGGAACGACGGCUACAGCUAAACCGAGGAGGAGGAGGAGGAGGAGGAGGAGCCUGCGCGCCGGGGAACCACUGACCACUAAAAACAGAGCGUGUGACAGCUGAGCGGAGCUGGUGCUGAAAAGACUUUUUAACUGGAGAGAGAAACCCGAUCAGGACCACAAGAACCCGACAGGGAUCCCCAUAACGCUCUUCCUCUUAAACCUGUGUGCUAACGUCAGCCGUGUGUCCGUCUGCUUCUGCUUGUUGUGGCCUUUAUAAACACUAAAGAGUAGAUUUUUUAUUUUUUCAGGUUUUAGGAGACGCACCUGAUCUGCUUCUGGUCCAGACUUUGAUGAAGACUCAAAACCACUCUUAGGUUUGAGGGAAAAAAGUAGCUAAUAAAUUGAGAUCAGGUUAGCACAGUGACAGAAUACAGAGGGAAACGAUGGCAGCCUGUAUGUGCUGUCAGAGCUCUGUUAUAGUUUCAGCUGUAAAACACAAUUAUUGUUUUUAAAAAUAACUUUUAAGUAAGUUUGGGAGUCACAGGAUCUGAAAGUUAUGAUUUAAUAAUCUGGGAGAUUUUUCUGCGUUCAUGUGAUCAGAAAAAAAAAAGCCACUAGUUCAAUAUUGCACAUACUCUUUUCAGGCUAUGUCACUUGUUUUCGUGUUUUGGGUGAUAACUCUGAGUUGUUUAGGUCCAUGUGAGUAAAUUCAACACUUCUUUGACGACGUUCUUUCACCUAAAAGUUCACGAGCACAUUGAAACAGACUCAAAAUAAGGGAAAAGAGCAUUUUAGAUUGUUUAGGCACUUUGUCUCCCUCUGGUUCUGUCUCUAUGCUAAGUUUAUGCCAGCUAACAAAUGGCUGUAGCUACCACUGACUGUUUGUGAAGAUAUUGCACAAAAGUGAAGCCAAAACUCUCCUUAUAACAGACUCAAGUGGAACCGUUUGGAUCCAGAGUCUGGACAGUAGAGAUCAGCAGCUGGAGUCCUCUCUUUCUCUGUGCAGCUACAGUCGUCAGUAAGUCCUGUGUGACGAUCACUUAAAGGGAAAAAAUGUCUUGUUUGUUUGGGCUUUAUGACUUUAUGACCACAUCCAGCCAGCAGGGGGAGCUCUUAACGUCAUGAUGUCACUUUCAGGGAGCUGUCUCUUCAUCCACCGUCUAUUCAAGCUCAGAGUGGUUUUGAUUUUUCCGUCUUAGUCUUUCCUAAAACUCUGAUUUUUGUGUUUAAACCGUCUAAAAAUACAAAAUAAGAGGAGCUGCUGUAAACGUGUGAUACUGUGACUCUGACUGUCGUGACGCUUCGUGCUUUAUUUCAAUAAUGACACUGGGAUCUGUUGUGAACGUUCGCCUGAAAUCACUGAGGAGAUGCUGCACCAUUCUCCUUCAGGCUUUAAUUUCAUGAAUUUCAAGAACCGGAAAGAAAAACCACUUUGUAUCCAGAACAAUCUCACACCUCUCCGGUUUUUAAACUGCUGUGAUGAUUGUUUGGAUUGUUUAAUUGCACAUUUUUUUUAUCCAUGUCCUGAUUGUCAAGUUUUAAAUGUGUAUGCUGUAACACUUUGUUCUACCAUUUCAAUAAUUAAAGAUUUUGUACUUAAUACACA